AUGGAAGACAUUGCUAUCGUCGGCAUAGCCUGCCGCUUCCCCGGCAAUGCGACAUCUCCGGAGAAGCUGUGGGAGAUGUUGGUUGCGAAGGAGUCGGCGUGGUCAGAAUUUCCCAAGGAUCGUCUCAACAUCGAUGGCUACUAUCAUCCAAGCGGUGAUCGUCAAGGCAGCAUUUCGUUCCGAGGAGCUCAUUUCAUCAAGGAUGAUGUUGCAGCCUUUGAUGCGUCGUUCUUCUCCAUCAUGGCAGAGGACGCCAAGGCUAUUGAUCCUCAGCAGCGAUUCCUGCUGGAGGUUUCCUACGAAGCACUUGAGAAUGCUGGUCUUCGCAUGGAAGACCUAAGAGGCAGCCCGACAGCUGUCUAUGUGGGUUCGUUUGUAAAAGAUUAUGAACAAAUCUGCCUCAGAGAUAUGGACUGGCAGCCCCAGUAUGCCGCCACAGGCACUGGAAAUGCCAUCAUGUCAAACCGCGUGUCUUACACGUACGACUUCAAGGGGCCUAGUAUGACGAUCGAUACUGGCUGUAGUGGAAGUCUUGUUGCAGUUCACCUCGCCGCCCAAGCUCUCCGAGCUGGCGACUGUUCAAUGGCCCUCGCUGCCGGUGCUGGUCUUAUCUUCACACCCAACACAAUGAUGCCCAUGACUGCACUCAACUUUCUCAGCCCAGACGGUAAAUGUUUCGCCUUCGACUCUCGUGCCAAUGGCUACGGUCGCGGGGAAGGUAUCGGCUUCGUUGUCUUGAAGAAGCUCUCGGAUGCCGUCCGAGACAAUGAUACCAUUCGAGCUGUCAUUCGUGGCACUCACGUAAACCAAGACGGCCUGACCACAGGCAUCACUCUUCCGAGCAAGGAGGCCCAGGUGGCCAACAUCCGAUCCCUCUACUCCAAGCACGACCUGGACAUGAAUCAGACGGCUUUUGUCGAGUGUCACGGGACUGGAACCCAGGCUGGUGACUUCCGAGAGUUGAAGGCCAUCUCUGAGACUCUGAGUGACGGAAGGUUGAUCGAGAACCCAGUGUUUGUAGGCUCUGUGAAGACCAACAUUGGUCAUCUUGAGGGAGCUGCCGGGGUUGCUGGCCUGAUUAAAGGUGUUCUCACUACCGAAAAGGGCCAGAUACCCCCAAACAUCAACUUCGAGCAAGGGAACCCCAACAUCGACUUUGAGAACUGGAAAGUGAAGGUUCCCACGGAUCUGGUUAAGUGGCCUAUCCAAGGUGGUCGAAGAAUUAGCGUCAACUGCUUUGGCUUUGGUGGAACCAACGCCCAUGCCGUCCUCGAUGAGCCAGCCGAGUAUUUUGCCUCGCGCGGCAUCUGCGCCAACCACAAUUCUGUGGUCGACAACAGCCAGUCAAACGAAGACAACAGAAACAAUGCGAAGAAGGGAGUCUUUUCAACUCCUCAGCUCUUUGUAUUCUCUUCGAACGAGCGCAAGGGCGUAUCUCGCUUAAUGGAAACGCACCUUGACCACGUUGAGAAGCUCGCAGAUGCUGAUCAGAGAGGCGCCGAUAACUAUGCAUACACCCUGGGAUGUCGCCGCUCGGUGAUGGAGUGGAAAGGAUUUGCUGUGGUCAGUUCUUUUGCCGAUCUCAUCGCGAAGUUGAUGGCCAGAGAUGAGUCUAGCUUUCUUCGAAGUAACCGUGAUUCGAAGCUCAAGCUCGGCUUCGUCUUUUGUGGUCAGGGUGCGCAAUGGGCUGAGAUGGGACGCGAGCUCAUGUGCUUUGAAGUUUUCCGAAAAAGCCUUGAUGCGGCGACCCAGUAUCUCAAGACGAUCGAUAACGAGUUCGACCUCACCGAAGAGGUCAUGCAGCCCCGGCCAAAGUCGCGCAUUCAAGAGCCUCAGAUUUCGCAGCCGGCAACAACAGCAAUUCAGGUGGCGCUGGUCGACUUGCUGCGGUCAUGCAACAUCACUCCCAGCAGCGUCGUUGGUCACUCAUCAGGAGAAAUUGCAGCUGCGUACGCGUGUGAUGCCAUCACUAGCGAAGCGGCUUGGGCAUUGGCAUACCGCCGUGGCCAGAGCGCUGCACUUCUCAAGACGUAUGCGCCGUUUCUUCAAGGAGCCAUGUGUGCCGUCAGGAUGACUUGCUACGAAGUCCAAGCUUACCUCAAGAGUCGACAGAAUCCUGGCGAUCUGGAGAUUGCUUGUAUCAACAGUCCAAACUCGAUUACAGUCUCUGGCGAGCUGGAGGAUAUUCUACACAUGCGAGAUGAACUCAAGUCGCGUCGGGUUCUUUGCAAGGUACUUGAUGUGGACAUCGCCUACCACUCGAGACAGAUGAACAUGGUUCAGGAGGACUAUCUGGAGCGCAUCAAGUCAAUCCGACCAAAGGACACCACUGGCAACAUCCCUUUCUUUUCGUCCGUACGGGGUAGAGUGUAUCCGCAUGCUCUCCUCGGGAAAUUCUACUGGGCUGAGAACCUAGUUUCGCCGGUGCAAUUCGUUUCCGCAGUCAAGGCUAUGAUGGAUUCUCAGAACAGACCGGAUUUCUUGAUCGAGUUGAGUCCUCACGCGACGCUAGCAUCGGCGCUCUCUGAGAUUAUGGCCGAACAUAACCCUAGCAGCCAGCCGAGAUAUCUGUCGCUCAUGCAGCGCGAAAAGGUUUCCGCAACCACAACGCUUCAGGCGAUUGGAGAGCUUUGGGCUCGCGGCUAUCCUGUUGAUAUGCUUCAGGUCAUAUCCAAGGGCUCUGAUAAUCCUACGUUCAAGACGCUUGUUGAUCUACCAUCAUAUCCCUGGAACCAUUCCAAGACCUUCUGGCACGAGUCACACACCUGUACAGAGCAUCGCUUCCGGAACUUUGGCCGCCAAGAUCUCAUCGGAUCGCCGUCCCCAGAUGCCACCACCUUUGAGCCGCGCUGGAGAGGUUUCUUACGCAUCUCUGAGAACCCUUGGAUCCAGGAUCAUCGAGUUCAAAAGACGAUCGUGUACCCCGCAGCAGGCAUGGUCACCAUGGCUCUCGAAGCCGUGAGCCAGCUUUCUCAUGGCAUGACGGACGUUUUGGGGUUCCAUUUGACCGAUCUGACAAUCGAGAGAGCCAUGAUCAUUCCUUCUACGGCUUACGGUCUCGAGUACUCGCUCAACUUGAAGCAGUGCUCUGCCAACUUGGAGGCUGAACCAGUGUGGGAGUUCUCUAUCUACUCAAAGCAAGAAAAUGGCCCUUGGAUUCGACAUGCGGACGGAUGCAUUAGGAUUCGACAAAAGGCUGGGGGUAUUCCGUCAUCCACUACCAGGAACGAGGCCAUGUUCAAAGAGGUCCAAAGUCAAUGCACCACGACUAUGCCUCCACGACAGCUAUAUGAGAUCCUGGAUAUCGUCGGCCUCAACUACGGGCCUUGUUUCCAAAACGUCGCGUCCAUAUCUACUCACCAGAACGCCUGUAUCAGCAAGAUUCGCAUCCCCGAUACGAAGUCAAAGAUGCCAGCAAAUUUUGAGUAUCCUCACGUUAUUCAUCCUGCCACGCUGGAUGCCAUGUUUCAGACUCUCUUCGCAAUCGAUAGCAAGCCGAUGGUUCCUUCGUCUAUCGAAAGCAUCUUUGUCUCUGCGAACAUACCCCAUGGCGCCGGCUCCGAGUUCACCGGAUUUGCAACGGCCGAGAGACACGGCCUUCGUGACGCCACUGGUUCUAUCGUAAUGGUGGUUGAUGUCAGUGAUUGGGAGACACCGUCCAUCGUUGUUGAAGGCUUGCACUUCACUGCAUUGUCGGCACCCUCAGUCGAGGACGGCGGCUUCAUUCCUAAUCAUCGCAAUCUCUGUUCCAAUAUCGUAUGGAAAGAGGACUAUACCACGACAAUGUACGCAGACUUCACUCACAUGCUAGAGCUGAUGGCACACAAGUACCCAUCUCUGUCUGUUCUUCAUUGUGGUGGAGAUGAGCAGAUGGCUCGACAUGUUCUGGAGACGCUCUUGGACGGUGACAGGCUACUUUUGUCCCGCUUCACUAUCACCGAUGCCGCUACGCUGUCUGUCACGCAGAAGAUCUUUGAGAAAUCACCGGCUGUCAAAGUUUUGGAGCACCGUGAUUGGGAAUCUGUCAAGGGACAUUCUGCUCGCUAUAACCUCAUCAUCGCGAGCAGGAACUCAAGCGUCGAUAUGAUCGAAGCAAGUCAACUCCUGCUGCACGAUGGGCUUUUGCUCAAUGAGGUCUCGCCGCCAAUGACCCCGACCACCACCGACUCAAUGUCCGGAUUUCAGCAGCUUUCAGACGAGCUUGCGUCGCUCCAGGUUUCUUUCGAGCCCAAUUCGGACGAAGUCAUUCGCUGCGACAUGCUGGACCAGCAUUUUGAGGUUCAUCUCUUUGCCGACGCAUUGAACCCUGUUUCGUCACCCGAAGUCGUCCUUGUCUUGCCCGACACAGCCGACGCAGCCAUCAAUGGCUUUGUCAUGUCUUUCAGCGACCUCUUGUCCGACAAAGGGUUCAAAGUGAGCGCCGGACUCUUGCACGAAGUCGACUCUGCUGGCAAGAUCUGCAUCGCGCUUCUCGAAGCGUGCGAGUCGUUUGUAUAUAGUUGGACGACAGAGCAAUUCAGUGGCUUCCACAAUCUUCAAAACACAGCCAAGAGCCUCUUGUGGAUUACCCGUGGAGCAAACAGACGCCCGACCAUUCCUCAGAACGCUUCUAUCAUUGCGCUCGCACGCACCAUUCUGUCCGAGGAUCCGCAAAAGACGAUUGUCACUCUCGACUUGGCCGAGGCCACUCAACUUACUUCGUCUACCCUGCCCAAGACUGUGUGGUCUGUCCUUGCUUCAAUAUUGACCGGAUCAGUCGAGGUGGAGUUUGCGGAAGAAGGAGGCGAUCUGUACAUUCCCAGACUGAUGCCCCAGGAGGAGCUCAACAGGAUGAUCGAAAACGAGUCUCACAUCGAGAUUUUCCAAAAGCCUAUCUUUGAUCAUUCAACAAGCAAGGGCAGUUACAAGAUGGCAAUUUAUCAGCCGGGGAUUUCGAAUGACAACUUCCACUUCGUCAAGACCUCGUAUCCUACAAAGCUUGGUCCUCAAGAAGUCGAGAUUCAGACUCUCAGUGCGGCCUUGCAUAUCUCCGAUCUUCACACCGCCAUGGGACGUACGGAAGAUGAUAUUCUGGGCAUCGACGUCAUGGGGAUCGUGAGCAAAGUCGGUCGCGAUGUAAGGGAUAUUCGCUGCGGAGAACAGGUCGUGGCCCUUGUCCCGGGCGCUUUCAAGACGGUUCACCGAGUCGACCAGGGCUUCGUCAAGCCCGCGCCGCCGCCGUUCGAAUGCUGCCAAUACACUCCAAGUGCUCUUAUUGCUGCCUUUUAUGCAAUUUUAGGCGUCGGUAAACUUUCAAAGAAGAAGACGUUGCUGGUCCACGCGGGGGCAAGUUCUUACGGUCAAGCUGCAAUUCGCAUUGCAACCCUGAUCGGUGCCGAGGUUUUUGCGACGGUCCUGGGAAGCGACUCUGAUGCUCAACGUGCAACUCUCGUCAAAGCUCACUCGAUUCCGAACGAUCAUAUCUUCGAUGCGAACGAAGAGUCUUUCGUCGCCGAUGUUCUCCGAUUCGGAAAGGUUAACAUUGUCUACAACCCCACCCAGGAGCACACUGCCGUCAAUUUCAAAUGUGUCAAGUCAUCUGGCUGCGUUUUCCAGCUCUCCGACAGAAUGCGCAAGCCUGUUAGAGGCCCCGUAGCUACUUCCACGAUGUUCAUGCGUUUCGACGUCGCCACCAUCAUGAAGGAUGACCCUGACCUCAUCAAGGAGUUCUUCACCAUGGUAGACCAAUUUGCCUUCGACUACUUGCGCAAGAGCUCGAGCCUUCAGUGCCAGCCGGUCCACCGCUUCCCCAUGUCCAACUUUGAAGGAGCCUUCAAGCAGAUCGACAAAACCCCUUACCACGGACUUGUCACCAUGACAGCCAACCGCGAUACCCUCGUUCCUGUGGCCACAGUGACGCAAAUCAAGCCUCUUGCCGAUGUCAUCGACCCGAAAGGCACCUACGUUCUCGCUGGCGGUCUUGGAGGCUUAGGAAGGAGCAUCGCGAAGCUACUUGCCGACAAUGGUGCGAAGAAGCUGGUGUUCUUGUCAAGAUCGAGUGGUAAUCAGGAUGCCCAGGAAUUCCUUCAUUGUCUCAGCAAGUCCGGCGUCCAAGCAACGGCAGUUGCGGUGGACAUUACAGAUCUUCAGGCACUCAAGGCACUCGCACCGACUCUUGGCAAGAUUGCUGGUGUUGUUCAGUGCGCUGCGGUCAUUCAGGAUGCUCUGUUCGAGAAGAUGAGCUUUGCCGACUGGCACACCGCCUUCGCUCCUAAGGCAGUCGGUGCCAUGAACCUCGCAGACGUCUUCGGCCGAAACCCCGAGCCCGGCGCCUCGACCCCGGCUACCGCCCCUUGGUUCCUCUUCCUCUCGAGUGCCUCAGGAAUAAUCGGCAACCGGGGCCAAGCGAACUACGCGGCGGCCAACGCCGUUCAAGACGCCCUCGCCCAGGCUCUCCCUCGCUCCGUCUCCCUGGCUCUCGGUCCCGUCCUCCAGGCCGGGAUGCUGGUGGAGGACGAGGAGACCCUGGGGAAGCUACGCGGUGCUGGGUUCUACGGAAUCCGGCACCAGGACUUCCUGACGAUGGUGGAACGGGCCAUCACGGGGGAGGUCACCCCCGGCGUUCAGACGAAUCCGCAAAUCGUCUCGGGCGUCGGCACCGGUGGCCUCAUUCGCCAAAACGACCCCGGCGACCCCUUUUGGUCGCGCACGGCGCUCUAUUCAUAUAUGAAUUUGGUCGACGUGCCGAUCUACUCCCCGGAGGAGGGUCGUGAUGAUGAUGGCGGUGUCUCCGGCGGUGGCGGCGAAGCUGACGUCAAGAAGAUGCUCGCCGUGUGCUCCGGGGCGCAGGCGGCCGCGGUCAUCAUCUGCACCGGUCUGGUGCAGUUGAUGGCCAAGGCCAUGUCUCUCCUCCCGGAGGAGAUUGAUCCGGAGCGGGCGCCCAGCGCGUACGGCGUCGACUCCCUUGUUGCUGUAGGUGUUCGGAACUAG